AUGCUACGGCGCUUGACCUCGACUGUGAUUCCCCUUACGGGGUCGAUGAACGGUCCGGUACCUGCGCAUCGCAUAGCCGAAUGCCGCUGCGAGCAAGUACCUCGCAGCUUCAUGUCGACACACCUGGGGCCGCAUCCCUUGAAUGAUCUUUGGGGGGUUCAGGUCUGUGCUCGCGGCGGAGAGCGGCGUCUAUUCGCUGGACAGCCCCCUGGAAAGCGCGCUGGCGUGGAUGUUUUUGGCGUUCUCUCCGCUGGCGCUUUAGCGGCUCUAGCGGCGGCCCUACCCGAUUCGAACCACACCAGAUCGGAAACGCAACCGCAGCUCAGCACCGCAACGAUGCAGCGACGAGGUAACCGUGACGUCCGCUUUGCGGCAGAUGACGACGACGAUUCCGACUAUGAGCGCACCUUUACCUACCGGCCCCUGUCCAGGCUGCCCACACCGCCGCCGACCCUGAGCAAGGCGAGCGUGGACCAGUACCAAACGCUCGAGGACGACGACACGCUAAAUCCGCGAUACCGAGGUCCCGCCAUUCAUCUUGUCAAUCUGAUUCCUGCAUCGGCGUCGCUGGCGAGCGCGUCGGUGCCCUUUGUCCAGGCCAUGCUGUCGAGGGCCGACCUGACCAUGGAGAUGCUGGCCCUGGCGGUCUGCAUCCUCGACAGCCUCGACACCAAGUUUGCCCGCACGUGGCGGCUGUCGUGCCCGCUGUCGUGCCCGCUGAAUCCUCACCCCGACGGUGUCGACUCGGCCGCGGCGUCGCCAUCCCCCCUCAAGCGACACUCGAUGCCACCGACGCCGCGCGACGCCCCUCGCCGGCAGCUUCACAUCGAUUCCGUACGUCCCGAAAUCAUCAUCCUGGCCGCCCUUGUCAUCGCGGCCAAGUUCACGCAGGAUCCGCAGCAGCCACCGCAGUUCUACCGUCUGGCGUGGGGCCGCGGCCUGUGGUCCAACGACCAGCUCAACGUCACGGAGCGGUGCAUCAUGGAGAGCCUCGACUACCGCAUCCUGCCGCUCUGCGACGACGACUGCCUCACCGACGCCAUGGUCGACAUGCAGCUGGCCGCCGAGCUGGAGUCGGGCUCGCGGUGGAAGCCCGCUCGCCAGCUCACGCCUCCAGACAGCGCAGCCAGCAGCGACUGCGAGUUUGUGCCGAGCCACACCCGAUCCAAGACGACGGUUGGCGUGGGGUUUGGCCUGUGA